GGCUGUGUGGGUCAGUACCUCUAGGUUCCUUCCUUGCCCAGCCUGCUUGGUGGGGUGGACCCUUUACUUCCAUGUGUGCCUCGCCACCCUGUUCGGCGUUCGCGGCAAUCGUGAUGGCAGCACACCUCUAAAUUGCCGUUGAAAGGACAACUAUGUUAUGCGACUCUCACCUGCCAUGUUCAGCUUCUCGCUUGUCGCUUCCCGACCUCGACGGGUGACUGGGCACUGGGCAGGCUGGGGAACCUCUGUGACGUGGGGAACCUCUGUGACGUGGGGAACCUCUGUGACGUGGGGAACCUCUGUGACACUUUGUUCAAAGCAUGCCUUCAUUACUGCGGAGAUGGCCGACCAGCCCUUUGCCAGCGGAUUGACUCUGACCCCCGAACCUGCGGCCGCUUCAAUGCUGCUGACAGUCACCGAGACGUGUCCCGAUUCCUUGCCAGUAGGACAAUGGGCCUUCACCACGAACCGCUCUCCUGAUGAGAGGCGGAUGGAAUGCCCCACUACUGAAAACGACGAGAAGCUUUUGAAGUGGUUCCUGGAAGACUUUUCACUAAAGGAAAUGUACGACGAAGACCGAGCUAUCCGCGCCAGGACUACUGUCGCCGGUAUUCGCAGGUGCUGCGUGACAUUAUCUUUGUGGGCGAGAAUCCCAAGACCGAUGCAUCAGUUCUCAUCUCAGAGUUCAGAAUACAAAGCUCUUCGUUCCACGGCUUGCACUGGGAAACCCUGGAACACUGCCACACGUCGACUGCCUCGGAUUCUCCGAGUGCCUUCCCAAGAAUCCAGGUUUCCCGCAGUCACGGAGCUCAUCAGGUGCAUCUCAUCUUUCGAGCGCCUUAGCGGGCAUCUUGAACGGCAGCACGAACCGCGCAACAUGGACAUCAACUAACUUUUCAUUCUCGAUGAUGUCUGUCCCUACCUGCGGCUUGGUACCACAAUCUGCCCCGACAACACUUGGUCUAACUGGUUCAAAAUGGUCGCAUGCGAUCCCAAGGUUCUCUUCCUGGUCGGCUCAUACUGUGAUCUCUCGCCUCUUA